CCAGUAGUCCUCGCGGUGUGCCCUAGUCGACUCUGGGGGGUGCGGCCGCCAUUGUCCGCGGCCAAGGUAAGGCCUUAUAUCCAGACCGAAGGGCUACCGAUGUCGUUGUCACAGAGAGCCUGGCAGGUCGUGGGAACGGUCACGGAGAAGCGGCACCUGCGGCCCGGGCUGGCUCAGUGCCGGGGUUCAACGGGUACCUUCUCUUUUCUCGCCGACUCGGUGCCCCGGUUGCCCUCGACCCUCCAGCUCCGGGGUCUGGGCGCGCUAUUUCUACAGACUGGGAAAGGCCGGCCCUAGUGGACCGAGUAGGCCAGGCUUGGGACGUUGUCUCGGUGCAGGACCGAAGCCACUCAGUGCAGCAGCCUCGAGCCAGCUCAGCCGCAGCGCAAAGUCGGGGCCAGUGGAUGCGCGCCAGGCUGAUAAUUGCAGUGCUCCUGGGCAGGACCCUGGCUGAUUAAUCUUCAGGGAUGGCAGCCAUCAACCCAUGGCCCUCCUGGGGUACCUUCUUGGACCAGUCUUGGGGGAUGGCAGCUGCUGACCCUUCUGUCUCCUGGGCUCUGUGUCCUCAGGAUCCAGCAUGGCACAUAGAGGGAAGCCCUGGGGAGGGAGGAAGAAAGGCAGGUGGGCUCCCAAUAGCCCAAGUCCAGGAACCAGUGACUUUCAAAGAUGUGGCUGUGGCCUUUACCCAAGAAGAAUGGGGGCAGCUAGACCUUGUUCAGCGGACUCUGUACCGUGAUGUGAUGCUGGAGACCUAUGGACAUCUACUUUCUGUGGGGAAUCAGAUUGCUAAGCCUGAAGUCAUCUCCCUGUUGGAACAAGGAGAAGAGCCAUGGUCAGUGAAGCAAGGAUAUCCUGAAAGCAGUGGUCCAGAGUGGAUGAGAAAUACUGAAAGCAAAGCAUUGAUUCCAGCGCAGAGUGUUUUUGAGGAAGAACAAUUCAACAAAUGUGGAACAUCUUUUAUCUGGAGUUCUUAUCUUAUUCAGCAUAAGAAAACUCUUCCUGGAGAGAAACCCUAUGAAUGUGAUAAAUGUGGAAAAGUUUUUAGGAAUCGUUCAGCUCUUACUAAGCAUGAACGGACGCACACUGGAGUAAAACCCUAUGAGUGUAACAAAUGUGGGAAAGCCUUCAGUUGGAAUUCUCAUCUUAUUGUACACACAAGAAUCCAUACAGGAGAAAAACCUUAUGUAUGUAAUGAAUGUGGGAAGUCUUUCAACUGGAACUCCCAUCUUAUUGGACAUCAGAGAACUCAUACUGGAGAGAAACCUUUUGAGUGUACUGAAUGUGGCAAGUCUUUUAGCUGGAGUUCCCAUCUUAUUGCCCACAUGCGGAUGCAUACUGGAGAGAAACCCUUUAAGUGUGAUGAAUGUGAAAAAGCUUUUAGGGAUUAUUCAGCCCUUAGUAAACAUGAAAGAACUCACUCUGGAGCAAAACCAUAUAAAUGUACUGAGUGUGGAAAGUCCUUCAGCUGGAGCUCCCAUCUUAUUGCUCACCAAAGAACUCACACAGGAGAGAAACCUUAUAACUGUCAAGAAUGUGGCAAAGCUUUCAGAGAGCGUUCAGCCCUUACAAAACAUGAAAUUAUUCAUUCUGGAAUUAAGCCCUAUGAAUGUAAUAAAUGUGGAAAAUCCUGUAGCCAGAUGGCUCAUCUCGUUAGGCAUCAAAGGACUCAUACUGGAGAAAAGCCCUAUGACUCUCACCUAAUUGCACACCGGAGAACUCAUACUGGAGAGAAACCAUACAGGUGCAAUGAGUGUGGGAAGGCAUUUAAUGAGAGUUCUUCCCUUAUUGUACACUUGAGAAACCAUACUGGAGAGAAACCCUACAAAUGUAAUCAUUGUGAAAAAGCUUUCUGUAAGAAUUCUUCCCUUAUUAUUCAUCAGAGAAUGCAUAGUGGAGAGAAACGUUUUAUAUGCAAUCAGUGUGGAAGAGCCUUUAGUGGUCAUUCGGCCUUACUUCAACAUCAGAAAAAUCAUAGUGAAGAAAAACUGUAA